AUGCGCCACCAUCUCGCCCUCCAGGCCCUCCUCCCUCUGCUCUCCUCCCUCGCUCUCACCAAAGCUGCCCCAGCAUGCUCCAAAUCCCAAUCUACUGCUACUUCCCCGGCAGCUUCAGGGGCUGUAGCAGUCCAAGAAGACCCAAGCGGUAACGUCUAUCUCGCUACUGGCAAUGUCCAGAGUACGGCUGGUCAGGCGUCUUCUGUGAAUGCAGAGGCGGCAGCUGCUUCGGUCCCCGUUUCAUCUUUGGGCCUGCCAGCUUGGUCAUCAUCUGCUUUGCCUGCGACUUAUACGCUGCAGAGUGGUACCGAAGCAAUGGGUGCGAGUAGUGCUGCUGGGCCUGCGACUGCUGCUUCGAGCAAGACUUUUGUCGUCUCAAAGUCGGCGGCUUCGAGUGCGGCUGCUACCACCCCUUUGAGCUCUGCCGCUACCUCUGCAAAGUCUUCUGCUGCCAAGACUUCCUCUACGUCUGUAAAGACUUCUGCAGCUGCAUCUGCGAGCGCUUCGUCCAGUACCGGCAAUGCCACGACUCCAUCCUCCAAGAUGGGCGUUAGCUGGCCGAUGCAAGAGAUCCAAGCUGCGCCCGUCGCCAACUUCUUUACCGAUUCUUCUACUGUAUCGUGGUGGUUUGAUUGGAACAAGAAUUGGGAUCAAGGUAUUUUGACGGUAGAUGGGACCUCCAUCUCUGGUCAAUUCAUCCCCAUGUUGUUUGAUACGACAUUCCUUGACGAUUCGUCCACGUUGCAAGACGGUUUCACCGAGCUGAUGGGGUAUAAUGAACCGGAUCUCAAGUCGGAUACGGGUGUAUCCAACUAUAUCGACGCUGCAGUCGCUGCAGGCCUGUGGAAGACCCAAGUCGCAACCCUCCGCGCCAAAUACCCCGACAUCAAAAUUCACUCCCCCGUCAUGGCCUCCUCCCAAGACUGGCUCUCCACCUUCUUCUCCACCAUCUGCCCUUUCGCCUCCGCCUCCAACGCCUGGGAAGGGUGCGAUGCCAAGCCGGACUACGUGUCGAUGCAUCUGUAUACGACGGAUGUGGAUGAUUUCAAGACGCAGGUGAAAGAGUUUCAUGAGACGUAUGGGUUGCCGUUGGUUUUGAGUGAAUUUGCUUGUUAUAGUUUUGGGGGUGAUAGUACUUGCUCGGCAUCGGAGGCGAGCACGUUUAUGGCAGAGACGACCAAGUGGCUAGACCAACAGGACUGGGUCAUAAAGUAUGCCUGGUUUGGUGCGGUGAGGGACGCAGAGUAUCUCUAUGGCGUUUCCGAAUCGAACAGGUUGAUGGAUACUUCUGGCGCGUUGACAGCACUUGGAAAGCAAUAUACCAACGGUGGCCAGACAGCUUGA